AUGGGGUCUGGCAAGUUUUUACUGUUUGGCGAUUCUAUCACUGAAUAUGCCUUUAAAACUGAUAUGCUUGAAGAUGAUCACAAGCAUUACUUCGCACUUGGUGCUGCAUUGUGUGAUAUUUACACUAGAAAACUCGACAUUGUUCAAAGGGGUUAUGGCGGAUACAAUACGAGAUGGGCAUUAAAUAUUUUACCAAGAAUUCUUGAGAGCGAGCCCAACAUUCGCAUGAGCACCAUAUUCUUUGGGUCAAAUGAUGCUGUCUCAAGGGGACCUCAGCAUAUUUCCUUGCCGGAGUACGAAUCGAACAUCAGAAAGCUAAUUGCCUUGAUGAAGGCAAAGGAUAUCAAACCUAUCGUCGUGGGUCCUGCCUUACCUGAUGAAGUGAAUUGGGGAAAACACAGCCCUGCAUCUGUGGAGAAUAAUUACAUUCGCAAUACCGAGGGCUUCAAAGCUUACUCAGAUACUGCUGCUAUGGUUGCCCUAGAGGAAAAUGUCCCAUUCGUGAAUCUUAACGAAGCUUUUGUAAAGCAGGGUGGUGCAAAUUGGAGAGGUUUGCUUCGUGAUGGAUUGCAUUUCUCUGGAGAAGGCUACGAGAUCUUCUUCAAUGAGUUGAUGAAAGUCAUUGAAAACUCGUAUCCAUAUUAUCACCCCAGUAAUAUACCAAUGCAAUAUCCACCCUGGAGAGAAGUUGUUACCAAUCCUGAGCUUUUGGAAAGAAAUUAUUUUUGA